GCGCGGCUGUGAAAAUCAUUUCAUUAGUUCUCUUGUUUGAUAACUAAACGAAUUCAUAGAUACCCAUCAAGCGCGUUUCUUUUCAGUUUUUAAAAUCAAUUGUUAAAAGAAAUAACAAAAAUCGAAUUGAUUGCGGGCAAUUCAAAAUAUUAUAUAAAAAUGGAAAGCCCAGAAUCGGAUGCAUUUAUCGAUGGCAAACGCAAUGAAAAAUCGCUUAGUUUGUUAACACGUAAAUUCGUAUCAUUGCUAUUGUCAUCGAAAAAUGGAAUAUUAGACUUGAAAACUGCAGCCGAAAUAUUGAACGUAAGCCAAAAACGUCGAAUAUACGAUAUUACGAAUGUACUUGAGGGAAUCGGUCUCAUUCAAAAGAAAAGCAAAAAUAGUGUACAAUGGAGAGGUGUUGUCAAGGAUGGUGACAUGAGCGUAUUGAGUAAUAAAGUGUCAUCAAUGCAAGCUAGACUCAAUCAUUUGCGUGAGACUGAAGAGGAUUUAGAUAGAUUGUGCAAAGCGAUGAGAGAAAAUUAUAAACAGGCUAGAAAAAGUCCAUCGAACGAAUUUUUUUCGUAUGUGACGCGAGAUGAUUUACUGGAUGUGUUUGGUAAAGAGUCAGUAAUUUUAACUGUACGAAAAUGCGAUACAAUACGCGAAGGUACGAGUAAAGUGGAAGAUAAUUCGAAAAAUCAUACGCUUCGAUUGAAUGCCUUAUAUAAAAAAAUUGACGUACGAUUGGUUACCACUGAUGGAGAGGUAGAACGGAGAAUAAUCGCCGAUGAAAAUGAGACAGAUAGCGAUGUGAAUGAAUCACAAACUUCAACGUUGGCAAGUCAAUCCAGUACAGCUUCGGCAAGCCAACCAGAGUCUAAGACUAAUGCGAUCGGAAAUCGAAGACCGGGUCGCCGUCGAAAGCCAGAACGUAUCGAGGUUAAAAACGAUGACAUCAUUGUUGAACCAGACUCAAAACGCAUCAAAGUAGACGACGAUGACGAAGAUGCAGAAGAAAGACGAAUUACAGCCGAAACUCUUCUCGGCUAUCGACCCUCACUCAUCCAAAGGAAACGUAAUUUCGAUGAAGAUUGGCUUGAAUGUAGCGACUCAGAAUACCAAUCAAGCUCAUCCAUUGAUACGACUCAGUCCGCCCCGUUCUAAGUAUACUUGCACCUUGAGACGAACUGAAGGAAUUUGUGAUUUAUUCAUGGGUGGCUCGUUUUCACGUUGAAUCACUCUGAAUCUGUUGCUUCAAAAGAUGGAACAAUCAAUGGACACUACCUUUUAUAGAGGAACUAUUCCAUUUCCACUACCUUUAAAAAAAAAAACAACAAAAACCAAUAAUAAGACUUAAAAAAUUAAUGAUCCCUUAUUUCUAAUUUGGCAUAUAUAUAUAUAUCAAAUUUCUCAUUUUAUUCUUUGCCAUCAUUAUCGUUUUCGAAAUUUAUUUAUGUAGAAAAGGAAAAGAACUGUAAAGGAAAUUAUUGAGUUUAGCAGAAAAAUUAGCUGUGUAAAAAGUUGAUCUAGCGAUUAGUCUUCAAUCGGAAUAAAUGUUAGCUGAAAUAUAUGCAAUAUUAAAAGUUUAACAUUUUUUUAAAAAAACCAAUUUUAGUGAAAAGGUAAUUGGAAACGAUUAUUAUCAUAGUUAUAAUGACCAAAAAUGGAAAAAAGUUUUAAAAAAUUGGCGAAACAUA